CCUCCCCGCGGCCGCCGGCCCGCUCGCCGCGCUCCCGCAGGCACCAUGGAGGAAUCCGGGGCAAACCCGCGAGCAGCCGCUGACUUUUCCUCGGGAAUCUCUGGCCUGGCGCCUGUGGGGUAAGACGAGCGGGGGAGGUGCUAGCUCAGCCGGUCCCAAGUUGCCGGGGAAAAGGCCUGGACAGAGUAUCCGCGUGUCCGCGCAGGCUGAGCGCGCGAAGUCUUCCUCCCGCGGCGUCCGCGCCGCCUCCUUCGCCUCCGCCCAGGUGCUCCUGGCGUUCCUCUCCAUUCGCUCAGUUGCCGGAAAAUAAUGGUAACAUGAACAGCGGGACGUGAGCGCGUCACCGGAGGAAGGGGAGAGAUUGAUGGGCAGAGCGCUUACUUCCAGGAAGAUCGCAUUCCGAGGGCUGCCCGCGGAAACGCGCGCGCCUCCGCCUCCCGGUGCGCCCGCUGACAUCUGUAGCCUCCGCGCCCCCAGCUUCCCGGGUCGCCGCCUCUGCCUGGGGACGAGCGGUGGCAGCGGCUGAGCAUCCAGGAGUUUGUGGACCUCUCUCCAAACAGGAGUUCCCCGGGACCCCGUGUCCCUGCGUCCCCGUGGAGCGCACGAGCACGCUGGCUUCGGAGGGAGUUCAACUUGAGUUCAGAUGCCCCACUCCCUCUGAGUCGUGCAGAUUGGUGCUGAGCACGCAACAAAAGUUUUUAGCUACUCAGUUUCUGGUGCUUCGCGGGGGAGAGGAAAGGACUGUGGCAUUACUCACACGGAGCAGUCAGGGAACCAUCUCCUUUAACUUUUCACAUCUGCUAUCAUUUGCAAUGAAGAGGAAACAGAAGAGAUUUCUGCAGAUGACUUUGUUAUUCAUGGUGGCUUUAAUAUUCCUGCCCAACAUUGGCCUCUGGUCUCUGUACAAGGAAAAGCACCUGGUGAAAUCUACGGAGCCUGGGGAGCAGCAGACAUUUCCACUGGGCCUGGGAGAUGGGCAAUUCUAUGCAUGGACAGAUGGUUUGAGAAGAAAAGACUGGCAUGACUAUGAAAGCAUUCAGAAAGAGGCUAUGCGCUCAGGGAAAGGUGAACAUGGGAAACCUUACCCCCUCACUGAAGAAGACCAUGAUGACUCAGCUUACAGGGAAAAUGGUUUCAAUAUUUUUGUCAGCAACAAUAUUGCUCUAGAGAGGUCUCUGCCUGAUAUUCGCCAUGCUAAUUGUAAGCACAAGAUGUACCUGGAAAUACUGCCAAACACCAGCAUCAUCAUCCCAUUUCACAACGAAGGUUGGACUUCACUCCUGCGUACCAUACACAGUAUAAUUAACCGAACCCCGAAGAGUCUGAUAGCAGAAAUCAUUCUAGUAGAUGACUUCAGCGAUAGAGAACACUUGAAGGAUAAGUUAGAGGAAUACAUGGCCCGGUUCUCCAAAGUGAGGAUCCUUCGCACCAAGAAAAGAGAAGGGCUCAUCCGGACCCGCCUCCUGGGCGCAUCCAUGGCCAGGGGAGAAGUCCUGACCUUCCUGGACUCGCACUGCGAGGUCAACGUGAACUGGCUGCCGCCGCUCCUGAACCAAAUUGCACUAAACCACAAAACCAUCGUGUGCCCCAUGAUCGAUGUCAUUGACCACAAUCACUUUGGGUAUGAGGCACAAGCUGGGGAUGCCAUGCGAGGCGCCUUCGACUGGGAAAUGUACUACAAAAGAAUCCCCAUCCCUCCAGAGCUCCAGAGGGCAGAUCCCAGCGACCCUUUUGAGUCUCCUGUUAUGGCUGGAGGUCUCUUUGCUGUGAAUCGCAAAUGGUUUUGGGAGUUAGGUGGCUAUGAUCCAGGUUUAGAAAUCUGGGGAGGAGAACAGUAUGAAAUCUCUUUUAAGGUUUGGAUGUGUGGAGGAGAAAUGUUCGAUGUCCCGUGUUCUAGAGUUGGUCAUAUCUACAGGAAGUACGUCCCUUACAAAGUCCCAUCUGGGACCAGCCUGGCAAGAAACCUGAAGCGGGUGGCUGAGACCUGGAUGGACGAAUUUGCCGAGUACAUUUACCAACGACGCCCGGAGUACAGACACCUCUCCACCGGGGACAUCUCCGCCCAGAAGGAGUUGCGCAAACAGCUCAAGUGCAAGGACUUCAAGUGGUUCAUGGCUGCGGUGGCCUGGGAUGUGCCUAAGUACUACCCUCCCGUGGAGCCCCCGCCCGCGGCCUGGGGAGAGAUUCGAAAUGUGGCGGCCAAUCUCUGUGUGGACAGCAAGCAUGGAGCCACGGGCACCGAGCUCAGGCUGGACAUCUGUGUCAAGGAUGGUUCUGAAAGGACAUGGUCUCAUGAACAGCUCUUUACCUUUGGAUGGAGAGAAGAUAUUCGACCUGGUGAGCCCCUGCACACCCGGAAAUUCUGCUUCGAUGCCAUCUCACACAGCAGCGCUGUCACUCUCUACGACUGUCACGGCAUGAAGGGGAACCAGCUCUGGGGACACCGGAAGGACAGAACAUUAUUCCAUCCUGUGAGCAACAGCUGCAUGGAUUGCAACCCUGCAGAGAAGAAGAUUUUCAUGGCCAGAUGUGACCCUCUAUCUGAGACUCAGCAGUGGAUGUUUGAACAUAUUAAUAUGACUGUUUUAGAAAAAUUUAACCACCAUGCCAGCUCCUAGAAAGAAAAAACAAGGAGUGAUUACCUACAGAUUCUGAAAACUAAAUUUUCGCCAGCAUCUGGGUCGAAGGAAUCAGGAAUAACAUUUUCUAGAUCUAGGAAACCUGGUUGAAAGAUUUGUAAAUGCCACGUCGAAGUAGGUUGUCCUGGAGAACUUCCUGCAUCUGAAGAACUUGGCUGAGAACCUCACCAGCUGCUUCUGCGAACUUGAGACUAGCAGUUCCCUUGCUGGCCAAGGGCAAAGAUUAUAUAGGGACUUUUCAAAACAACUGCUGAGUUAAUAAAUCCUAGCAUUUCUCAGGUCAAAUCCUGCAGUAGUGAGUAGCUAUGAAUGGAUCCUAUCGUCGGGGUGGGAGGGGGGUGGAAAUAGAGUGCAUGACUGCUCUGACAACCUGAAGAUACCAGGUGUAGGACUAGCCACGCUGGAGAGGUGAGCUGUACUCUUGGUGCCAUUCUCUGACUCAGAAUGGGUUAAGCAGGUUUAACCCUUAAAAGUGCUGCAGAUGAUUUUAGAGUGCUCAUACCAUUCUGUUUUCUUGUUGUUGAUGUUUUUUUAAAUGAAGGUGUGCUAUCUAAUGUAAGACUUAAAUUACAUCAUGAAAUGGACUUCCAGUGUUUCCAUUCUUGCACUGACCAUUUUCCUUUUCAAGCAAAAGUAGCUUAUUGUUCAUAAGAGUUCAUGCUCCAUCAAUCAGCUGAAGUUCUAAUCCAGUGCCCUUGUAUGAAUCUAGUUUAAAAACAAAAACAGAACACUAUAUUCCCAAGUUACUCCAAAGAGAAAGAUUUCACAGAAGCAGCAAACCGUGUAAGGUAUAGGAGAGGGAUUUCCUUAGAAAAUCUAUUUUUACUUUUCUAUUAUUUUUAGAAUUUUAAAAGUCCAAUGUUUGUCCAUUCAUAAUUUUUAUUAAGGAAGGGAAUGGAGUGAGGUUGAUGUAAUUUGUUUAAGGAGAUUCUUAAACCCAAAUAAAUCUACACUCCAAGUGACGUGUGAAAAUGUCUUGGUUCACUUCAAUUCUGUUUGAUCAGGCCUCGGGACAUAGAAGUGGUUUUACUUGUUUGUUUUUUGAUUUUUUUUGUUUUAUAUCAUUGAUAUUAAUGAUGUUUUUGCUUUACUUGGAAGUGCACAAAAGGGAUUUUCAUUAAUAAAGUGCUUCUGACACCA